AUGCACACCACCUCUGUUACCUCUUCUUACUACGUUCUUCUUCGUCAUGGUAAGUACAUUCAGCAAGCACCUAAAGCGGAAUUAAAGUCACAGUUCUGCUCCAUCACAAACUCCCUGCCCGCCGUGGCUACUAAGUACUUGGAGAAGCACAAGUGGGAUUUGUUACAAGCUCUCCAAACGUUUUACAAUCAGCCAGCGCAAACUGCGGUACCCAAUAAGAAAGUCAGCAAAGAUCUUGAGGCCAUUUUCGACAAGUACAAGGACCCCGAGUCGCCCACAAUAAUUCUGAUCGACGGGACUUUGGCGUACUUGGAAGAUUUGGGGUUUGAUCCCGAGGAUCUCGUAAGUUUGACGUUAGCAUAUGUGUUGAAGUCGCCACAGACGGGUGAAUUCAAUCGAGAUGUCUUUCUAGAAGUGUGGAGCACGCUUGGAAUCUCCUCCAUUCAAGGAAUGAAGAGUCACAUCCUCGCGCAACAUCAAUCCAUUGCUGAUUCUCCAUCUGAGUUUGAGAAGUUCUACCAAUAUGUGUUUGACUUUGUCAGGGGCUCCGAUGUACGGAUCAAGACCAUCGGCUAUGAAGAUGCUGUACUCUACUGGAAAAUGUUAUUCUCUUCGAGGGAAUCCUUAGCCGAUGCUCUGACCAUGUUGAACCAUUGGUACACAUUCAUAGAGACCAACAAGCGCAAUAUUUCCAAGGAUGCAUGGAACAUGUUCUACAAGUUUGUCAUCCAAGUAAUCGUUGCCGAUCCUGUCAAUUUGACGGGUUACGAUGAGAUGAGUGCAUGGCCAAGUGUAGUGGACGAAUUCAUGGAAUGGCUACAGGACAACGAAAUCCUACCGCCUCAAUAA